GUGACUAGAUAGCCUACUCAACAUGGCGGUCUCUUCUUCUGCCGCCUUUCUGCUACUUGGUUUUGUUGUUGCCGCGUUAGGUGACCAAAAAAGCUUCGACUGCAAGAUGCGUCAGUUAGCCAUGGAGUUCGCUCGCAAAAUCCAGCCAAUGCGUACAAAGCAACAAUUCCAGCAGCUUGCCGACGCCCUCAACGGUGCUCAAGAAGCACAAAAUUGCAACGUAUCCGUCGGCGACCACAAAUUCUCUACAAGUCGAAUUGGAAUCUUUCCUGUAGACGAAACCGGAACGGCUUUCUACGUCGAUGCUACCUCGGGUAGCGACUCGAACUCUGGAACCCAAAGCUCGCCAUUCAAGACUGUUGCCAAAGGCGUUGCAAGCGCACAGAAAGCUGGCCCGGGCUCUAGCGUUGUUCUACGCAAGGGGGUCUACUAUCUAGACCAAACUAUUGAUCUAAUGGCGAGUGAUUCCUCCGGAUUGACUAUUCAGAGCUAUCAGGGUGAAGAGGCGUGGGUGAGCGGGGGCAGACUCAUUAUGCCCAAGUGGAUGCCUCAUAAUGUCUCCACUAACAGCAGUUGGAACGUUGAGAUGAAUCAGAAUGCCAUCUAUGGCCAGCAUCCAGUACCUGGAAAGAUUGCUAUCAAUGGGACAUAUGAUGAUUACAUGACUUGUAUGUCCAUGUGUAAGGCCAAUGGCUCGUGUAAUGUUUGGACUUGGCAUGAUGACAAACAAGGGCAGUAUGCUCGACAGUGCUGGUUUCGUUUUGACCAUGGAUGGAACCCUGUGUCUGAAGAUGGUCACGUGAGUGGUCGACUUAGCGCUGCAACAAACGUGUAUGUGGCUGAUCUUUCUCAUGACAACAUUUCAUCAAUUCUUGGUUUGCGUGUAAAUGGUAUGCGCGCCAUUAGAGCACGUUAUCCCAAUGCUGACCCUGAGUUAGGAUUUGGGUCUUCUCUACAAGCCAAAUCUUGGAUUCCUCCAACUCUACCAACUAAGCCUGACAAAGAAGUGAAUCCUAAUAUGCCUAUAAGGACGUCAUCAAACAGUUUUCAGAAAUAUCAGCUUGGUAUUGGUGGUCCUUGCAAAUACUUUAGUCCUCCAGCUGGUUAUUGGUGUGGCAGUGCCACUUCAGGAGGCGGGGCCUUCACUUACAAAGUACCUUCUGGAAUGAUAGUUGACAAAUCGGUUCUUCCAAACUCUCCUUACAAGAACGCGACUGGAGCUGUUGUUCAAACAUGGCGUCCAGGUCACUGGGCUAGUUGGAUGUUUGAAGUGGGAGACUAUGAUGCAUCAUCUGGCAAGUUUAUGUUUAGCAAAGGUGGCUUUCAGGGCGCUAGAGGAAACAACAAUGGAGCAGAGUUUUAUAUUGAGAACGUAUUUGAAGAACUAGACAGUCCCAAUGAAUGGUUCUAUGAUGAAAAGACCAAAAUGUUAUACUUUUGGUAUAAUGGGACAGGUGCUCCACCAGAGGACACAGUAUUUGAAAUAACUAACUUGAAAACGUUGUUUAACGUUACAGGAACUCAAGAAAAGCCUGUCAAAGGUCUCGCUUUUAAAGGAGUUAUGUUCAAAGAUACCGCAUACACUUACAUGGAUCCACAUGGCAUGCCAUCUGGUGGAGACUGGGCUUUGGAACGAAUGGGUGCACUCUUUUUUGAGGGUACAGAGGAGACCAUGGUAGAUUCUUGUGUUUUUGAACGGUUGGACAGCAACGCAAUCAUGAUAUCUGGAUAUAAUCGAGCAGUCACUAUCCAGAACUCCGAGUUUGCCUGGAUUGGAGACUCUGUCAUAGGCUCUUGGGGCUACACUACAGGCGCUGGCGUCGACGGAAUGGGCCCUGACGGAACAGACGGCAAUCAACCACGCUUCAACAAAAUCAUCAACAACUUUGUUCAUGAAAUAGGCAUCUGGGAGAAACAGUCGUCAUUCUAUUUCCAAGCUAAAUCGUGCCAGAACUUGCUCAUAGGCAAUAUAUUUUUUAACGGACCGCGUGCGGGAAUUAACUUUAAUGACGGAUUUGGUGGAGGGUCAAAUUUGACUGAGAACUUACUCUUGAACACUUGCAGGGAGUCUGGUGACCAUGGACCGUUUAACAGUUGGGACCGUCAAGUGUUUGUUACCAAGGUAAAAGACGGCAAAACGCCGUCGCCGGACAAACAGUAUGACUAUAUCAGCAGCAACUUCAUGAUUGCCAAUUAUCACAGCCAAGAGGCCAUCGAUAAUGACGAUGGGUCGAACUAUUAUAUGACUAGCGGAAACUUCUUUGCAUACAGUGGGAACGGAAUGAAGAACGACUUUGGUGGUCAUGAUAAUCACCACUUUAACAACAUCUAUGCGUACGUUGGGCGCGGGUUUGGCAUCUGCUCUCAACUGAAGGGCCACGAGGAUUACUUUUACAACAACACUGUGGUUAUGGGUCGUGAUGGGGAUUAUGGCAAUCCCACGUGUAGUGGGGAUGGCAUGACUGUGGUGCAUGAUAAUAAGAUCUACACUCCCAAUGGGAAGGUGACAGAGUGCAAAAUGUCGUUGGCGGAGUGGCAGGCCAAGGGCAACGACAAGGGCACAACCGCUGGGAAGAUCCCUGAUGAUAAAGUCAUCCUGGAUGCUGCUAGCCGCCUUCUUGGGCUGUGAUGUUUAGUAGCUCGUUUUGGAUUGUUAUUGCUGACUUGUUGGAUUUGGUUUUGUAGCUUUUGACAAAAUUGAUUUUCUUUGGAUUUA